GUCCGUUUCUUCCUCUCAGCCACAUGAGGUUAAAUCUACAUGUUCCUGCUGCAUCAUGGUCUGAGCCAUGCACGAGUGUUAAAGUGUUGCAUAUUGAUGGCUGCCUGUGUGCUUUGUCAACGUGUGCCCAGGCUGCACUGCCUCCGAGGCUUGAGAAAGAAUUUUACCCAGGCUCAACACCUCAAUGGCAAAACAGAGGAUGAGGCAGAUGAGCAGAAUUGGAAGAAAGGGGCAUUUCUCCAUGGAGGUUACAGGCUGUAUUACAACCCAUCUUCAUAUCAUCGCUCUGAGGGAAAAGCUGCAGCCUCCCAGAGAUGGACAGAUAAUGACGAGGACGAAAGGUGUCUCUCCGCUCUCACACCUUCCUUCUGGCAACAGAGCAAUCGCUACAGUAUCAGUUCCUCGAGGCAUCUAUCCAGCACCAAAAACACGCUUCUCAACUUAGCUUUCAACAAAAGCUCUGAAGCCGAGAGGCCAUCAUCAGAGUCACCGUACCAAGGAGAAACCAUACCUCCAGUCGUUAAACUUGAUACACGUGUGUUCCACAAAUGCCGGCCUGAGUAUACCUCCAUGACCCUUGACCUCACACAGCGGCCUCACCCAGUAAAAUGGGAAGAUGUCUCCCAGGUGCUCCAAAAUGUGGCUGUUUUAAAAGGCAGCAUGAAGCCAUCUGAUGUGUCUAAGUCUCUCGUGGAGCUCAGCCGCGUGGCCCCAAAGAAGACGCCAUUGAUAAAGACUGACCAGCGCUUUGUCAUGCUCCUCCGAUACUCUGUGGUAAACCUACGCCUCUUCACUGACCUGCAGCUGCUGGAAGUGCUGCAGUCGUUUGUGUGGCUGGAUAUACCCUCUGGCCACACUUUGCUCGGGCUGUACGAGACAGAGGUGAGCCGCCGGGCCAACCAGAUGACUUUACACCAGUUGCUGUUAGCUGCUGAUUUGUGGCGCUGUUUCAGGAGACAGGCCCCCCAGUUCUUACAGCACCUCUAUGACUCAAUCCAUCUGUAUGUGAGACAGAUGGGGGCUCCUGAACUAGUCCAGCUGUUGUAUAUAAUGGGAGAAGGUAGGCAGUGCCCAAAAGGCUUAAUCCAUCCUGUUCAACAGCGUCUUCUGCACCAUUUACAACAGUUAUACCCUGAGGAGGUUGGUGUCGUGUGCUUGGGACUUUUCAAAUCCCAAACUUCAAUAUCUCAGAGUGCAGCGACUGCUAUUGUUGAUAAGGCACACUCUUCUGUGAGAGACAUGAGUGACUUUGCGAUGGUGAAUGUGCUGAAAUUCUUGCGUUUCAGUUUUUUGUACCACAGAGCGUGGAUGGAGGCCAUGACACAGGAAGUACCUCGACGGGCCCCCAGGAUGGUUGUUCAGGGGCUGAUGCAUGUGGUGUUGACCUGCUCAGCACUGCAUUAUCGUAAUGAUAACAUCCUUGUUGCUGUGGCUGAGAGAGUGCCCUCGCUCGUGCCACACUGCAGGAGUAAGGACUCGGGCAAACUGCUCUGGGCCCUCGGCACAUUAAGGUUUCUUCCAGCUCAGAGUCCGAGCUUCUAUCCAAGCCUGACAGAAGCCCUGAGACAGAGGAAGGCAGAAUUCCAACAGUACCCAGAGCAUCUGCUCACUGGCCUGCUAGGCCUGGCCUUUGUCUCUCAGUUCCCAGAGGACUUGAUUGCAUUAGCUCUGAGCCCUGACUUUGUCAAGCAAGCGCUGAAAGCAACACAGCUGGAGCUGAAAAAAGACUUGCUCACUUUAGAUGGAGCUGUGGCUCUGGAGUUGCCUCGGUGGACUGGGCCGCGGUUAAGCCAUGAACUGAGGGAGGAGAUAGCUGAGCUGCUGUGGACGUUUGCUCAGUCAGAUGUGUGCCUCAAACCUGAGGUUCUGGAGGCAGAAUCCAUUCUCCAAGAUCUGCUUGGAGGAGAGGAAUUUGUGUGUAAGAGAAUGAUUCUGCCUCACACUCGCACCAUUGACCUGGAAGUACAUUUUGACUCCACGGGAAAGCCGAUACCUGUUAACCCAACAUCCCACUCAACCACAUUAUGUCCUGAGAACAAUUCAUCCGAAGUAACUUUAAACCAAGGGUGGCGGAAAAUGAACAGAGGGGUAACUAUAACUGAGGACCUUUUAGCACAGCUAAUAAACGUGAAAAACACAACAGAACCUUUAACUCCAUCUCCUAAGACUGCUUCUCUUCACAGAGAAAGACCUGAUGAUGGGAGACUUUUUGUCACAGGAAUUGACCUGACUACUGACCUGAUAGAAACUCUUACUGAACACAGUAGGCCUGCAGGCUCAGACCCACAGGAUGCCAAAGCCACAGUCAAACUUGCAAUCCAGGUUUCCAGCAGGAAUCAUUACUGUUGCCAUUCACAGCAGCUGUUGGGUCUUCAUGCCAUGAAGAGACGACAUUUGGGGUUGGCAGGCUACAAGGUUGUAGAGCUUAGCCAUUAUGAGUGGUUUCCCUUGCUGAGGAAAAGCAGGGCAGAGAAGCUGGCAUACCUGCACUGCAAAGUCUAUGACAGUCUGUAAUCACUGUGACCUGCAAGAACCAAACAAAAACACAGAGAUGAUGUAGGCAACAUGGAUCCUGGGUAUUAUUUAUUCUGUUUUGAUCAUGUACAAAGCUCAAAAAUAUCUGAUAAGGGCAUAAGCGAAUAUGCUUUUGUCUCCACCUACCACAGAUUUUUUGUACAAUCAUGUACAUGGUGGUGUAAAAAUGUGACAUUUCAAGAUAUUUUUGUAAGAAGAAUGCAAAUUAAAAAUAUUUUGCAGAACACUAUCCUGGUCAUGGUAAUGUAGGUUGGCACUAGACAUUUUAACAACAUAUUUGCUUUAAUCUUUCCGGAUCUGCAGGAGAAAAUUAAAUAGAAACAGUGUUUUGUAUGAUAUUUGACAGAUUUUACUCAAGCGUGGUGGUUCUCUUAGAGGUCAGUGUUUCUCUUUCAAGUGUCAUGAGUUUUCUGCCCCGCUUUGUGCAUCAAAAUCGUUGACAAUGUUUUCAACUGAAUGAAACAGUUUGCUGGUAUUGCUGCUGCUCCUGAACCUAAAAUAUGUUGCAUAAUUUGAUUUGUCAGUUUCAAGUGUUUAAAUAGAACAACUAUGUGUAUUUUAUAAAGACAGGCUGUUGUUGCAGGCUACAGAUCCUGUAAAUAAUCUUUUAAUAUUUAAUUCGAACAAUUCACUUCUUAGCAGUGGACAAACACAUCAUCUUUAAAUUAAGAUGGACUGAAAAUAUUAAACAAGAAGAAAUAAUUUGAAGUGUCUGGAUAUGCUGAAACAAAUAAACUGGAGAUCUGGAGCUUUGUCAGUGGCAGUAAUAGUAGCUAAACAACAAUAAAGAACAUAAUCUAGCAUUCAUGCUACUAUAUCAUGUUUUGUUAAUGCAGAGUGUGAUUCAUAUGCCAUGUGAUGCAACUCUGUAAAUACUGCUUUUGAAAGUUUGAGUAUACUAAGUGGCUGACGAAGUCAAGACCCCACUUACUGUGAAAAGUGAAUCCUUUCACACUGGUGAUGAACUGAUGUUGUAAGACUUGGCCACUCAGGCUAUAUUUACAAUAUUAAGAGCUAUAUCUCCCACACAUUUCUUUCUUAAUGAUGUAAACCUACUCAAAUUGAAACAGAUGUGGCACUUUAAUGUAGUGUCCAUUUUUCAUUUCAAGUGAAGCACAAACUCGUCUAGUUUGUUUGGAGGAGUGAAGAAAAAAGACAGUGAUCAUUUUAUAAUAAUAAUAUAUGAUGUGACAAUAGUAUCAUAACAACAGAGUAAUACAGAUAUGAUAGUUAAAACAAUAAUGCAAUGAUAUUCACUGUAUUUCUUUGAUAGCUAUACAGUAACAGAAUAUGAAAAACUUCAAUAUCUGUUAUCGGUAAAGCUGCAAGUAAUAAUGAUAAUUCAUUUUCAUUCCAAACAAAAGAAAAAUUCACAGGUGACCAGAUGGAACCCAAACUGCUUCCGAAUGAUUUCCUGUCAAUCAUUUAGGAAAACUUAAUAAACUGAUCGUUAACAA